AUGGCACUCGCAUCCAUGGCCGGCUCUCAACUCGCCUGGACAGUCCAUUCAUCCAUGGGGGCCCUGGAUCUAUUGGAACUUGCCCGGCCAAAACAGCAAAAGCACCCCGAGCCGAUACAGAGACGACAAGACCACGAUGAGGAGAUUGGCUAUAUCACUCUACAAGUGCUUUACCCCGACGAAGAGUUUGAGAAUCCGCAAGACGAGGAUAAGAGACUCUUACCGACAGCUACCUACCACGAGAACGAUCCCUCCCGAGUAUUCCUGCCCGAGCCCCUGAGGACCAUGACACAUCUACGGCCGAGUGGCAUCGCAAGUCUGCGCCUCGCUCCACGAGUAUUGAUCACCUCGCAGGAACCAGAAAGACUCUCGCCUUCGACGUCCUGGUCUGAAACCGAGCUUGUUCUUCUAUUCGUACCCAUUGAUCCCAGUCCUGGAUCAAGCUCCGUCUCUGAGGUUAGUUGUGCGAUGUUUCCCACGGUUUGGCCUCUGAGCGAGGGUCUCCGCGACAGGGCCAGGGGUACCGAUGGCAUGAUUCUCCGAUUCAUUGGCCCGAUCCGACGACGCGACGCUUCGGGGGCCCUGUCGAUCUACGAUGCGCUGGGGGUGUUCGUCUCGUUCGCUGCGCCAGUGGCUGAAUGCUUGGGUUGGAGAUUACGACGAUCUGGACAAGAGGUCUCCCCUUUCGCGACCGGAAGACAUUUUGAAGCCUCCAAUGUCUACAGAGAAAGGUUUGAAGCACUGGCAAUGGCACCCUUCUCACUCCGAGACCACGACCACAAAGAAGCACAUGGCGGCACAAGUACACCGAGAAAAGAAAACGAAUAUCCUGAUCCGCGAGGCAUCCAUAUCUCGGAUCUUGAGCCACGCUUUCCGACCGUUGACCGACGAGUUCCCAGGGCACCGAAGCCACCCCCUUUCCCGCUCUUGUCGUGCGGCCUUGAUGAUAGAUCUACCAAAUACCGCACAAAGCUUACAGUGUGA